UGGUCUAAUCAGAUUCAAUGGAUUAUGCUAAGCUAUGCUAAAAGUUGUACAGCCAGACCCAGGGAUUGGCUUAAUGGAUUCCAAAAUGACAUUACACAAACAGCAGAGAUGAUGACAAUCAGUGCAGAAAUGAAAAUGCUGGCGGUCGUCGGCCUUUUAAUCUUCAUGGUUGGUGUGAGCGACAGCGUGAGAAUGACUAAAUGUGAAGUGAAGCAAAAAAUCGAGGCAUCUGGCUUUACUUUACCUCAAGGUGUGCUGAACCAAACCCCCGCAGACCUGCUGGCAAAAAUUGUGUGUCAUGUCAAUCUGACUACUGGCUUCGACACCAGCACGAUUAAACAGAUCGCCAAUCCGAACUGCACCGAUUCACAGUUCAGUAAUCACAGUCGUAAGGGCAGGUCUGCUCGCAUUGGAAACCGUCAAACAUCUGGUAAGGGCAAAGGAUCAUCUGAAGAAGGUUCAGACAGCGUUGAGGACUCCUGUGAUGGUGGAAUGAAACUGUGGAUGCUAUACGGUCUGUUUCAGCUUAGUGACACUGUGGCGUGCAGCACAACUCGCGUUCGCUCCAUGAACCUUUGCGGACUGAGUUGCAGCAAGCUGAUUGACGGUGACAUCAAAGAUGACCUGGCCUGUUUUCAGGUCAUGAUAAAUCAAAUAACGGCAGUCGUCCCCGAUCAGAAAGUGGUGGCCAUCAUUAACCAAAUUAUCGCCCUGAACUACCAGAAAGAUUGUGUCGACGUGGUGGCUUCUUCAUAUUUUGCAGACUGCUAAAAACUUUUACCAACUUCAACCAUCCCAACCAGGACGUGUAUCUGAUACCCAUACUUAAUGUGUUUUAUAGAUCAUUAAAAAUGUUUAAAUGCA